AUGGAUCCACCUCCAUGGCUUAACAGAAUCCGACAGAUAGGAUGUCCACCUGCCUAUUUAGCUGAACAAGACAAAGAAAACCAACCAUCAGAGAUUACAAUUUUUGGGGCUGAUAGAAACAGGGAAGGAGAAAUUCUUGAGAAGAGCCUUGCUAAGCCAGAUAAAAGAAUGACCGUAAAGUUUCCCCCAGAAAUAAAAGCAGAUAAAAAGCUUUGGGAAUCUUGGCCAGCAGAAUCUAAAUUGUACAGAGAUCAGUACUACUACAACAGAUGCAAUCAAACUCUGGAUUCUGGAAGCAGAGGUUAUUAUUAUCAAGACCGAAGGCCUCCAAUGUCUAGGAGUUUUGAAGAUGAUGAACCCCCUCCUCCGGGCUGUGAUAAUAAUGAAAGGCCCACACCAUUUUGUAACUGGGAAAGAUAUGGUGAGUCUGACUCUUCUUAUUAUAAUCUGGUCAAUCCACGAAAUAAUCUGGAACCAAGAAGUUGUAGUUUUGCAAGAUCCUUGUCAGACCGAAGCAGAAGACAACCUUUGGACCGACAUGGUUCUUGGUAUCAUCCCUAUGGUUACAUAUGA